GAAUUCUUGAAAGUAAAUAGGUUCACAGAGGACAGUAUAUUCUUGAGAGAUAUAUCAUAUAUCCAACACAAUGUAAAUUGCAUUAAACGUUAAAUGAAUGUGAAAUCCCUAAAUACUCCCUAAUUAAUGUCCUCCAUGUAUCUAUAAAAGUCUGUAGUCGUUUAAUACGGAUCUCAUUGAUGGCGCUUUUGUACAUCUCUGCAUAAUGACAACAAAAUGAAAUGUCAGAUAAAACAGUCUUAUGACAGAUUAUAUUAUCUCGUUGAAUUGUUCUUGCACUUGUCUAACUCUUUAUCGCACAUCUGGAAAUUACUCAUUUUCACUUAUAUAGGUUUUCAAGCAAGACGAAAGUCUUUUUUUUAAUCAGAAAAUCGUACUUUUGUUGGAAUAGUAUAAAACCAGUUUAUAUAUGCAAUUGUUUAAUUGGAGGUAUAAUUUAUUUAUCAAUAGCUUUAUUUUUUGUGUAGAUCCUAGGCAGAUUAUUCACAUAUGUAGUGAGAGUUAUCAUUUCUACAUUGGAGAAGUAGAUUGGGAUUAGAUUCUAGUACUGUGUUCAUCGUUAAUCAUAGACAAAAUGCAUGGAAUUAAAAGAGUAAUAAUUUUCUGUGCACUCACUACUCUCUUGCCAACAGUUUUACUUGUUCUUCCACUGUAUCUACGUCAUAGUCUCUAUGCUAGAGUGGUUUAUGCUGUGACAGAAUCUGAUAUACUUGAAAUCAACGAUGGUGUGUCAACUAUAUUUUGUUCUGAACAUACUCUAGAAAUGAAUGGAACAUUUAAUGCAUUCCAAAUGGCAAAUAAACCAGAUAUAACAUCUUACCGGAAACAUAUAAGACUGAAGAAAGGCAUGAUUUUGCCGGAUGAUACUUUGGAAUAUUGGGGAUUUUAUCUUCUCAAAGGAGCUACUGUUGGAUUAUCAGUUUGCUCCAGAUUUCAGGGUGCUUCGAUACUUGUGGUAAAGGGAGAACGCAACUUGCGUACUUGUGGUCUCUUAGACCAUAAUAAGAAUAAAGUUCCUGCCACUGAUAUUUAUUUACCAGAAGCACAACGACAAGUUAAAGUGACUUUUGAAAGCAAUGCUCAAAUAAUUCAUUCUCAAGAGGGGCCUAAUAUUCGCAAUGACGUAUUACAUAGAAAAGCUAUAAAUAAGGCUGUGAAUGAAUACACCUCUUCUACUAACACUGAAAAUAUUCCCAUAACAAGUACUAAUAUUGAUGAUACCACAACUCAAGAUAGUGUUAUAACUAAUAUUGAACAAGUGUCUGAAAAAGAUGAUAAAAAGGAGGAUAUUAAAUUAGAUAAUUUAUUUCGUACAGCCAAACUUUAUGUGCAGAAACAUAUAGAUAUGGAAGAUUCCAAAAAACAGAAUAAAACAAGAAAAUUGAGGCACUCGAAGAAGCGUUUACACAAAAUGGAAAUUGAGAAGAACAAAAAGGAAAAAGAGGAAGAGAUGUAUGAGAAGAAAAUGCGAAAUAUGCUGCAUCAUGAACAGGAAAACAUUGACAUGAAGGGCAUAAAGAAGAAGAGAAGCAUCCAGAGACAAGACUUCGUGGACCCACCCUAUUUUGAGUCUCGCGAAAUUCUCAUUAGGCGUCUUAGCGCCCAAUUCAAUUCAAACGAAGAGAACAGUGGCGGUGAAGAAGAGGACGAAGAAAGUAUCAGAAUAAAGCGGAGCAAAGAGACAGUAAAUUCACCGCCUCUUCUCUAUCACGGCAUAAAGCAUGGAGGGAAUAAUGCAGCUAAAAAUAUUUCCGAUCUAUACGAAGAAUCAUCAGUCUCGAGUUUCGAAAAUGGACUACUGAAUUGUUACGAAGGUCAGGUACUGCUUGCACGUGAAUUUGAGCCAUCUGAAUUUUGCACUAAUGUGGAUUAUCUGAUGACUGGAAAGCAUAUGCAAGCAAGACAUAACGUUACCGAGGAUGGCUACUACUAUUAUAUAUUUUACAGCGACAAUGAUUUUGUCUUUAAUGAUAUUUAUACCGUUUUUGAUAUUUAUAAACCAACUUUUCAAUAUGAAAAUGUAACAAAAUCUUGCCUCAAUAGUACAGAAUGUUCAUUCUCGUUGAAUUUAUUAUCGUCUGAUAGAGUUAUUGUCGAAAUACCAACCAGAGAUGGUAUAGAUCUUGAUGAAAGUGAUGUUACGUUACUUAUUUCGACAUGUUAUCCGCGUAUGGGCAUAUACAUUAUAUUCCCCAUUUCUGUAUUAUUUUUCGUUUUAGGUUGUGCCUUUCUCUGAUAUAUGAUGUCGCUUGUAUAUAAUGAAACUUAUUUGUAGGCAGUUCAUUAUUAUCUAAAUUUCAAUAGAUUCCAUUUUACCUUCAUUUACUAAACGCAGAGUAACAGGCAUAUGCAUAACAGUAAUGUUACGAUUUCUUAUUAGGGAUAUAAUAGUUAUGUAUGUCAGAUCUUGUAUGAAUUAUUAUAUGUCAAAGUAAGAAAUUUUAACAUUGCCAAUGUCUAUUACUUUGUGUUUACUUAGGGCAUAUUCCAUAAUUGAACCACGGUUGCGGUUAUUACAUUUCGGCCAAUGACCUCGAUUGAUUUUUAUCACCAGUUGAAAUCAAUCGAUACAAUUGGCUGAAAUUUAAUAAUCGCAACCGUGGUUUCACUACGGAGCCCUAAUUAAAGGGCUCCGUAAAUUGAGGACGAUACUAAUGCCCUUAGUAUCGUCCUCAAUCUCAUGCUAAUAUAUACUUACAAGUUCAUAAAUGGUUGCAAUAUUAAUAAUAAUACGUAUAUUCUAACUGUAUAUAGAUAUAUAGUGGAUGAUUCAACUGCAACAUCAGUUUCAUAUUUUUGGGACUCUUUUGUACUGUAAACUACAAAAUGGCUCUUAGCAAUCUAACUGAUUUCGUAACUGAACCAUAAUUUUAUAAUAUACAUAUAUGUAUAUGUACAUACAAAAGACAACUAUAUAUAUUUUUUAUAUAC